AUGGACCCGGGGCAGCGCCUAGGAGGGUUCGGUGCCGGAUCGUCCGCCGGUUCCCAGUCGUUUUCGAGCAGCGGAUCGUUCGGUGGUUCCGGCGCAGGAAGUGCCGCCGGUGCCAGUUCGCAAUCGGUUGGCCACCAGCAGCCAAUGCACGGGACGGUCGGUACCGAGAGCUCCGGAUCGGCACACACUGAGCACGGGCCGGGUCACGGAGGUUUGGGCACGACAUCGAGCGCUGCCGGAAGCUCCAGUCAAUCGGGUGGCCACAGCGGUCCUGACCACGCCGGUAGUGCCAGCGGUGCCGGAGCUCAGUCGCAAAGCACCUCCUCCGGUCACGGCAUGGGCGCUGGAACCGGACCUUCACCGACCGGUGGAGGACGCCAUACGGAGGUGAACAUUGGCAAUGGGCCCGGCGACAACUUCGGAGUGCGCAUCAGCACCGACGAGUCGGCCGACGGUACCGUCAAGAGGAGCGAAAGCGAAGCCUGGGUGUGGAAGAGCUGA